CAACACUACUAUAAAAGUUGCUUCCAAAACAACCAGUUUAUGUGCAACUAAAUACCACAAUUCAUUUGUGGAAAACUUAACUUUUUUCAGAGUUCUAGCCUUAGUUCUAUAUAAUCAACACUAUAGGUGUCUUUAGGCUGUGAUCUUUGUAUUUAUAAAAGGCUCAUUCAGAUGCAUAAUAAGAGUUAUGGAACUUAAUCUGCAUUGCUUAUCUUGUAAGCAACCCGGUCUCAUUAGUCUACAUACAAAUAACAAUUACACUUACAAAUUGUGUGCAGUGCAUAUGCCGAAGUUUUGCCCGCAGGUUAGCAUUAAACAUGCUAUUCCAAUAUUGUACUGAGGAGGCAGUCAAAUCCUUGAGAAGAAAUCCAUUGAAUCCUUGGGUUAGUGGUAUUCAGUUACUCAACAAACUACAGAUAUUAGAAAUACAAAAUACUUGGGGUUUUAUUAAUAACAUCAUAUUGGCUAUAAGUAAAAAUAAUUUUGCUCUUUGUUGAUUUCACAAACCAUUUGCUCUUCAGGGAUUACAAGAAUGCAAAUUUAUUUUAAAAUUCAACUUAAAAUAUAGCCUACUCAGUUAUAAUGAGCUAAUGAGCUUAUUUUCAUGGCUUGAUAUGUAGGCCUGUCCCCAAAGGUGAUGAUGUUGAUGGUCUGAGGAGGAGGAGGAGGAGGGGUGGGGGAGAGGAGGAGGGAUAUCACCAGUUAAUAACCCCAGCCUCCUUUGCUGUCAGCAUCAUGAUCGCAGAAUGUACCAGGACCCCUUCACCAGCGGAGCCACGGUGUAAUGACUGUCCGCGGGCAGAGCUGCAGCCCCGUGACGCAUGACAUUUCCUCCAUCCAGUAGUUGAUUUCUCCAAGCAGCGCGGGGUGAAGCUGGAGCUUUGGCACAAACAGUCACACUCAGAGGCUGCCUCUCUGGCGCGUACUUUGCACCGACACAUUUUUCCGAGGCUUGUCCUUCCCUCCAGUUGGAGACUUGAAACUUAAGGGACUCUACCGUUGUAGGCAGGGAAGGGAAGGCGGACGGACGGAGAGUGUCGUGCGGUGAAUGUAGCGGCAGGCUGGGUGUCUGUCUGCGGAGCGCACAGCGGCGCUGCUGGAGCAGCCGAGAACGCACAGAGUCCCGUCCGACAUCCCCGCUUUACCCCCGGUGAUCCGAACACGGCAAACAUGAUUCUCCUUGGGAUUGUCCUUGUUCGUUUCUUUUCAGGUGUGUUUCCAUCCUCAGCAUCCAUCUUCCCCCUCCAUGCCUCCAACACUGACUGUGUUGGAGCUCAUCGGGAAUGCUCCAGCGACCCCCGGUGCGAGGCGCUGUACCGGGGUUUGGAACUGUGUGCAGCCGACCCAUCGAUGUCCACACUGGGGGUGCAAGCAGCUUCCGAGUGCCUGGAGAGACAGGACGCUCUGUUGGCCAAACACCCAUCUCUGUUGGCCUGCAAGUGCCAGCGCGGUUUCCGAAAGGAGGAGCAGUGCCUGCGCAUAUACUGGAGGGUUCGUCUGCUGCCAGGGAAAGAUGAACUGGAAAUAUCUCCCUAUGACAACACACUAAUGGAUACUCGCAUGGCCUCCUUAGUGGCAGCCUCGUCUUUCAUGCAAUUGGAUGAUGAGAACCAGUGCCUUAAGGCAGCACAGGACUGUGGCCUGUACGAGAAGUGUGGUUCUCUGCGAUCAGAGUAUGUCCUGGCCUGCACUAAGAUGGUACCCGGGACCAACCGAUGCAACCAGCACAAGUGCCACCGAGCCCUGCGCCGCUUCCUAGAGCGGGUGCCUGAGGAGUACAGCCUGGGUGUUCUGUUCUGCCCUUGCACCACCACCCUGUGUGGUGAGAGGAGGAGGAAAACCAUCGUACCCUCCUGCUCCUACCAGGAGAUGGAGGGUCUGCAACCUAACUGCCUCCACCAGCAAAGCUUCUGCCGUCGAGAUGACCUCUGCAGGUCCAGACUGGCUGAUUUCCUUAAUAACUGCCAGCCAUCUCCUCAGACGGCCAGCGGUUGUCUGAAAGAUUCUGCAGGCCUGUGCCUCCGAGCCUACACUGGACUCAUCGGUACCAUGAUGACACCCAACUACAUCGGUAACAGCUCUGCAGAUGUGUCACUGUGGUGCAACUGUGAGGGCAGUGGCAACCAGUGGCAGGAAUGUCUGAGACUGCAGCGCAUGUUCACCCACAACAGCUGCCUGCGCAACUCUAUCAGUUGGAUGGGGAGCCCCGGCUCCCUGCCUGCAGACAUCACCCCCCAUCCUGCUCCCAGACCUUCCCCGCUGGUUCAGGAGGAUGAGCUGCUGAGCAACAACCACCUGCCUGAACACAACAACGUUGUGGUGGAGAGCGAAGAAGUGGAAGAACUGACAGAGGAGGAGGGUGAUGAAGGUGGCCAGUUUGACGUCAUCCCACUCUACUCAGAAAGGGCCACUGUCUCCAACCUGGGCUCCUCCGGCACAGGGGGAGCUGCAUCCCAGACCACUGGCCCUCCUAAAUCCAUACUACUGCUCCUUCUGAUUCUGUCUGCCUCCCUUAGCUGGGGGUAGAACAGAGGAUAUAGAGAAGACACACAUACACACACACACACGUACACAUACAUCCAUGCACAUGGAAACACUCGCAUAUAAUGGACCUGCCAACAAUCCUGGACUGAUGGCUGUAAAAUAAUAGGAAGCAUAAUGAAGAAAUGGACUUCACAAUUUGUCAGUAGCAUCCCCUUGAUUCCUCAGUUCUUUCCUUGGUUCCUUCCUUUUCUCCUUGGAAAAUUGCACUUUUUUCAGAAUGGUCUGACUGCAGCUGCAGUGGUGUAUUACUGUAAUGUCCUGGGAGCACAGGAAACCUAGUUGUGGUAGGUUAUUCACAUGUUACCAUCAACCAAUAAUGUAGCUGUUUCUGUCAUAGGUCCAGAAAGAUUAUAUAAUUUUGAGUGGCUUGCUUGGCUGUACACAAACAUUAGCAGGCCAAGGUGUGUUAGCAGGAUAAAAUAAUGGCUUGAAGGUAAUGUUGCAUUCUUGCCAUAUUGUACAGACAGUUGAAACAGCUCCUGUCAGCUCCCUCAGUGUUAAUCAUGAGUAGUAGAUACAAAUUUCUGACAGCUUUGAUGUCUCUCGGUUGGCAAUAGGAAAUAACCAAGUGUCCACAAACUGGUGCCAAAAUGUCUGCAAAGCCAAAAUUGCUGUCAAUCCAUUCAAGACAAAGAAAAUACAUACUAUUAAGAUUAAACUUAAUGCAACUAUUUUAAGAGGAGCUGCAAAGCUUACACAGUUAAUGUCUGGUUUAACUUGUUAGCAAGAUGCUACCAAUAUUUACCAAAAUAAAACUAGCUAAAUUGCUUGUGUGGCUUAUGUCUAUGUAAAUGGGCUCAGAUAAAAUAAUGAACAUUCCCAAGCUAGCUAUGCUAGUAACAAAAUCAAAUGGCACAGAAGCUGGCUACAAACUCUUUUAUUUGAUACAUUUUACAACAUAGCAAAAGAAAAUCUGUAAAAGUUGGUACAUGGUGUUGUCAAAGUGCAAACAAAUGUUUUAGUAAGAUAUGUAGUUUGUAAGCUAGUUAAGUUGAUGAAAGUUGAUAAACUUAAGGAUAAACUGUAGGCUAUAGCCAUUUAUAACUUUUGAUGAUUUAUGUACACUAUGUUCAUUUCUGGCUUCUCCAAAAGCUACUUUUUAGAAAUAGGCAACAUAGUCAACAUAAUGCAAAUCCAACAGCCCAACCACCUGAAAUCUAAUAAUUGAGUGCCACAUUCCAAACUCUUAUUUUUUUUAUUGGUUCACUUUUAUUUAAUGAUCAGUUUUAAUUUUGAGAAGUAGAGAAUAAAACACAAAUGGAUAGUACAUUUUUAGUACCAGCAUGUGUUUGGGGUCAAAGCAGAUGAUUGGCCUGGAAACACUGCAAACUAAUGAUCUUGCUUGGAUGUGAAUACGCCCCACACACAGAAAUGCCCCACGGCUGCAGUCGGACCUCUUUUUUUUUUACUUAUUGAUGGUUGAUGAUUUGUCCCACUGGUUACAACUUACCUGUCUAUGGGGUCAUCCUUACAUAGUAUGCAUCAUUCAAACUUCAUGGUGAUGAAUGCAGCGAUCCUCUUCUCCCAGCCGCUGUCUCUGUUCUACAGCUGGGAUGAAUGACAAAUUACACACUUGGCUCUCAUUGUUUAAUGAACAUCAAGUGACAAGUGUGUGAUGUGUGUGUUUGAGCGUGCAGGGAUCAGAUGGAGAGAAUGCAAAGAAAAUGCUUUUUGUCAUAAUUUGAGUGUUGCAAUUCAUCGUUCCCAUCCACGUCAGCAUUGCCACACAUACUACAGAGACUCACACACACCUUACAUUUGCACACAUACUGCCUGCCAUGUAUUGAGCCGAUGCAGCUCUUUUUUGCUUUAUUGCUCUAUCCCCGUCCGUGUUGCCCUCUCCGGUGCCUCAGGACCGGGACCCGAGCUGCCACCGGCCCCCGUAUGAAUAAAGCAGUAACAAAAACAAGAUCCCAGAAACAAUAUGAGCUCUAAAACAGUAGAACAAAUCAAAUGGCUCCCCAGCAGGCGAAAAACACAUGCUACUUCUGAAAUUGACACGGAGACAAAAUGAAAAGAGUUAGAGAACGAGUAGGAGCGAUAGAUGUAUGGAGGAGAAAUUUAGAAAAAAAUAAGGCCCUGUCCCUGUGUGGUCUUUGUGCGUUUGAUGUUUUACUUGUUUUUAGUUGGGAGGCUGAUAAUCACUCCCUGACAACAUCUCUUUAUCAUCUGACAGGCUUCUUGGGUUAGUGUGUGUGGGGGGGGGGGGGUAUCAGACAGUGAUAGAAAUAGUGUGCUACAGCGAGAACAGAAAGGACCCUGGAGCACAAAUAUAGCAGAGAGAAUCGCCGGCUCUUGAUUUUCUGUGUCUUAUAAAUCUUUUGCUGACACUAAUUUUUCCCCCCCGUUUCUUUCCCAUUUCUUGGGAAUGUGUAAAAUUAACUUACAUCUGCAGGGGUGCCAGUGAUGGUGGAGGGCAAGGAGACAGAGGACGGACAGAAGGGAGGAGAAAUAGGAGAAAGAUGGAAAUGGGAAUGGAAAGACAGCCAGAGAAUGAAGAAAGGAGGGAAACAAGUCGAAGGAAGAAAUGGAGGAGAGGGAGCAGGAGGGGGACAAGGGAAAAGGAAAGCAAGGGUAAGAUAGGAAACAAAAGAUGUAACAAAUUAGAGGGAGAGAAAGAAAAAAGAAGCGUGGAAGCAAGAAGGAGAAGAUAAAAGUAGAAAAUAAACAUAGAAGAAAGCAGCAAGUAGAAGAGGACAAAAUAGGAAAGAAGAAGAAGAAAAAGAGGGCAAGAAAAGAGGGAUGGCAGGAAGAAGAAAGGGGAGAAACAAAUGAGAAAAAGCAGAGAAGACAAAGGAAAAGCAGGAACAAAAAGGAUGAGAAGCAAACAUGGAGAAAGAAUGGAAAAGAAAGAAAUGGAAGGGGGGCAAAUAGAAUAUAAAUAGGUGAGGAGAAAAGAUGUAAACAGGAGAUGGACAGGAGGAAGGGGGGGUAAGAAGAGAAAGGAAUAGUAGGGAAGAAGGAAAAAAGAAAGAGGGGCAGAGAGAGGAGGAAAAAAGAACGAAAUAGACAUUGAAGAAAAUAACAAGGAAAAGAGGUUGGAAAGGGGGAAGAAGGAAAAAAGAGUUGAAAAGGGAUAGGAAGAGGAUGGAAGGAGUAGAGGAAUGAGAAGAGUGAAGAGAAGGAGUGGGCAAAAAGGAGAAGAAAGCUAGGAGGAGGAAGAGGACACUUGCUUUGUGAAGCUGCCGAGGAAACAAACUACAAAGGGAAUGAAAGGAUGUGGAGAGAGAUAGAGAGGUGACAGGUCUGCUGUGUACUUUAACCUCUCUUUUUCCUCAGGCAUUGUGUGCAACUACUGACAAAUGCAGGCUCACACAAACACACACACACACACACACACACUCAAGGCCUUUCUGUCUAAACACACCCCUCAGACAAAGCGCCUGUCAGUCAAUGAAACAGUGAUAAGAGACAGCGUAAAGCUCUGUUGGCUCACCUGAGAUUCUUCUUUAAACAUUCCGCCGGCUGAACAAUAAAUCAUGAUGUUCUGUGAG